AUGACAUCGUUUCUCACUUACUGUUGCAGCUCAAAAAGAAGUGCUAUCACACGUGUGUCCGAUGAUUACUAUCCAGGAAACCCAACAACACAGACAGUGCAUGUGGCGGCUGUGGCUUAUAACAGCAUAUUCUUUGGUGAAGUUGUCGUCCCAGAUUGGGACAUGUUCUAUAGCCUCCAUAAUUCAGCUGAGUUUCAUGCAGUUGCUAGAGCAGUUGGAGGUUGUGGAGUCUAUGUUAGGUAA